AUGAGAAGCAAAGCAAACAACGAAAACAAGUUCAUGCGCUUCAUUACAAUUCCCAGAAGGGUUUUGAGAAAAGCAAAGGAUGUUUACGUCCGAAGCUUGACAGAUUGUGCUGAAAAGAUCAGCUACGGCAACAUGGUAGGCGGUCCAGCCGCGCAAGUUUCCUCCUUGCCCAAGAGCUUCAGUGUCAGCUCGUCGAGGUCCAACGACAGUGAGGAUCUCAGAGAGCUCAUCAGAGCUACCUCUACAAAGAGUAUGGGGGAUAGGGUUGAUAUGGAUAAAUUUACGCAGAGACAGAUGAGGCAGCCGGCACCACCGAAUAUAACGGUGGUGCCGAGGAGCUGCAGUGUUGGGAUGGGUAGGAUUGAUGAGGACAGGCCUUGUGAUUUUGGUGAAGACUUCAAUUUUGGGGUGAAGGCAGAUUUGUUGUUCCCAAGAAGCAGAAGCCAUGCUGUUACAUUAAGAAGUGUUGUUUUCUAG